AUGAGCCGUCUGUUUCUCGCCUGGUCGCUUCUUUGCCUCGCAUUAGGUGAGUACCAAGUUUUUUGGGUUACUUUGACGAAUUCCUUAUGUUAUAUUCAUUUUUUCAUGGGUUAGAAACCCCAUACAAUUUACCCUGGUUGUAAGUGAUGCAAUGUCGCGGAAGGAAAUACACAGUUGUCAUUUUCCCGUACGGAUAUCCUGACUUGCGCUUUUCGAUAAGAUAUGACUACAAACGGUUAUUUUAUUUUGACGCUAGCCAUUUCAUCAAGAGCAUUGUCUAUAUGUAAUCCGUUAACUUGAUAUCCCAUGUCGUAAAUUAUAUCUUCAAACGAGCUGUGAUAGUUGCAAAAAUACUCGCCACAUGACGUAAUUAUCAAAUUUAAGAUAUCCUACUUGAAAUUAAGUUAGCCACGCUUUAUUAACUCCAAAUCUUUAAAAUAACUUUAAUUAAAAAGACAUUUUUGCGAAUCCCAUUUUUUCCCAGUGGAAAGGUAUAGCAAAAGUAGCAAACCCUUGCAAAGCUGACCAGUCGCGGGACUCGUAGCUCAGUGUGAUAAAACUGACGUUCACCCCAGGUCGCGGCAACCAGCAAUUUCGCCUUCAUACGACUGUUUAUAUUUGCAGUCCAAAAUUCAAUCAAUUAUGUGUUUUCAUAUUUAGUUCAAUAGAUCGGGCUACAGGUUGUAAGAGUGUGAGACAUUUUCGAGUAGCUGAAUUUUACAAGGCAACAGUUGCCUCAGCAGUUUUCUUGUUUUUUAUAUUGGUAAGCUUCGUUUGUCUUCCUUACAUCUAAGUUCACAAACAGGAUUUGUUUGUUUGUUUGUUUUUUAAACAGUUUUUAAUUAUAGCAUUUCUUCCAGUCCUCCUAUCUGCUUCAGAUUAAACGAACCCCUCCUUGUUUUAUAUUCUCUCCCAAGCAUUAUGGAAAAAAUGGUAGGCUAUUGUAAAGGAAGCGACAUAAUGAUACAGUGGAAACUAAGAACAAAGUCAUUACCUGAAUCUGAAACUGAGGAGACUAACAUACAGAAGAGCUUGCUUUAAAUGUGAUUUGUUUUUAUCUUGAAAUCAAAAAUGGUGUUAGAAACAAAAAAAAUGUAAUUAGCGUGUGAAUAUCUCUUCUGUCUGAAAGUGGAACCGAACAUCCAAUCACGCGCUCCAUUACAAUCUCAGCAGAAGUGAAAUAGUCAACGCCACACAGUAACGGAUCUAAUAACAGUCAAAUUAAAAUUAAACUUCUUGAACUUGAAUAAAAGUGAUUUGUCAAAUAGGACACAACAGGUAGUUCUCGAUCGGGCAAUGUCUCAUCGCCCUGUUCCUCAGGGUUCUGUUAUUGGCCUCCCUGCCUUUUCGCCUGUCGAAUAGCUUUACCACAGCAGGAGAUGAGAUGUGUAUAACUUUAAAACCCUCUAAUAAAAAAAGAUCUUGGAACUGUUCCUGCUAGGUGUAGAAUUAAGAUGUUCUUGGUAGUAAUCUUGACCUUGUUAAACUUAAGAAUGUCUGGUGUGAUUGCAUCGAUUGAGACUAGAAAGCCGGAAAGUUUUUUCUUCUCAGAUCUACCAAUUAUAAGAGCCUCAUUCCCAAUUUAAACAUCCAAGUAUCAGUUCGCUUACUUUCUAAGUAUGUAAGUAAUGCCGUGAUAGAGUGGGUUUGCUAGCUGUCUGCAAUCUAGGGGUUUCUUGACGCAAGACAAAACGUUGAAACAGGGGGAAGGAAUUGACAUUCAAACUGUAUUUUCCUCUGAGACUGAUCCAAAGACGCUAUGCUUUCUGUGACUGACGAUCGUUAAGAAACGCCUGAAUUGCAGGCACGCAUUUCACGUUUAGCAUGACAACAGUAGUACAAAACAGACUACAUUAGGCGACGUAACAUCUUGUUAUUUCAUUUCACAAGUCAUUGACGCACAGCAAGCAGAACGGACAACCGGAAAUGACGUCACGGAGGAAGAGCCUCACCCCUAUACCAUUUCCUUCUUCCUGUUUCCCCAUAAGCAGACUGUUGAGUCGUCAGAAAGUAAAGGAAACAAGACUAGCCACAUCACCCAACAAGAUAAGAAAAAGCUAAAUAGCACUAAAGGUAACUAUCCCUGGUGUUUCUUAAAACAGGGGAAGCUGUUUUAGGGUUGUGAUACUCAAAUGCGCUAAACCUUAGAUUGGAAGAUCUGUGGUAAAGAUCUUUUCUUCACUGAAACUUGUAGUUCCUUUUCCCGUAUUAUAUUAUGUAUUCUACUCCUGAUAUGUGUUAGCUAUUGGUACAAAAUCUUCCCUAAAAUGCCCAUUUGAACUUCCAUGUAAAUAGGGCAGGCAAGAUAGUCGUUGUACCUUUAAAGUGUAAACUUGAGGCUUGUCCACACGUUUCUGGAUAUUUUUGAAAAGGAGUUUCUUCUCCAUUUUCGAAAAAUAUGCGUCCACACGUAGCGUAUUCGAAUCGUUUUUGCCCGUCCACACAAAACAUUGGCAUUGGCCUCGGCAUUGGCCGCGGUAUGAUGUGUGACACUCAUCGUUUUCGAAGACUUUCCUUUUCGUCCGUCCACGUGAACGAAAGACGCUCUUCAGAAUGGAGAGCGUUUUUGAAAAAAAAAAGUUUGUUUUUGUUGACGUUUUUAUCAGAUACGUGUGGAUGUUAAGCCAAACUGGAGAAAGAAAUCUCUGUUUUCAAACAUAAACGGCUACGUUUGGACGGCGCCUAAAUUGUCAGGAUGCUGGCUAUUUACUAGCUCGGCCGUGGAUGAUUUGUUUUGAAAAGACCAGCCGAAAACUUUAUAUAAUGAAUCCCAAAGUAAGUGUGAAGAGAAUUUUCAGUUGGAUUUUUGAAAAAUAUGCCAGGUUGUUAGCCAUGCAUAUUAGUUAACUAAAGCGCUAUAGUGUCUGUCAUAUUUUGCGUGGUUUGCCGAGCUGCUUUGGAGGAGUGGCAGUAUUCUGUCAGCAAUGAUCAUAAUUAUAGUUUUUGUCGCUGCUACGAUCCUUUAACUUUUUCAAUCAUUGUUAAAUGUCAGUCGGUCUCCGCAGCUGGCCAUAGCGUUGGCGUUUUUCACUCGAUUUUGAUGCGCAGCGUUACCUGUAGAGUGGUAGUGGUUCUUAGCCAUAAAACCGCGGUUUUGUAUGUCGGCAGCUGGGGCCCAACAUUUCUUAAUCAUGUGUUUUCAGCCAUUUUUAGUGGCCUGUAGUUUUUCUUGAUCGUUGCAUAUUCGUAACACUUAUUAUAUUUUGCAUUAUCCAAUCUGUCGGAGGUAAUGAUAUUGUGGCGUUCUUCUUUGUCCAUUGCUCGGCAGGGGAAGGGGGUGAGACAUUCAACAAAGUUUUAUACGAGGAAUGUCCACCCCAGAUCCAACCCCUUACUCUUUUAUAAACCAUUUUUGGCAGAAAAUGUAUUCCUUUCCGUAUACCUUCUAUUGGCAAAUGGUACCCCUUUCACACGUCUAGUUUAAAACACUGCAUCCCUUUUAACUACUGUAAAUUCGUUGUCUUGGAAGUUUGUUGACUUUUUCAAAGUCGUAUAAUACGUCCUUUCACGGACCACAAUGACAGAUUUCCCUACCCUUUUAUAUCUAUCUUUCAACCAAUCUCGUUCCCAGGGUUCUCUCUUACCUGAGAACGAGGUUGAUCCUUCAACUAGUGAAAUUCUUACCCUUAUACCUGAACUCUGAAAAAGGUACCUCCUCCUGGGGGUAGUCUCCCGUAUAGGCCAUUAUAGAGGGGUACCUCCCUAGGGUCCAUUGGAACAUUGUACUGAAUUUGUGUUCCCUUUGACUUACCACUUCUGCUGUUAUUAUCCAAGCAGUCGAAGGGAACCUGACCGAUUCCAAGGACGCGCCUCCUGAAGAUGACGUGGACUUGACGUACCAACAUGGUAGCGUCAACCAUCCAGCCCACGAAAUGUAUCCCAUGUGCCAUCACUGCCCUAAGAACUCCACCUACGAGGAAUGUACUCAUAAACGCACGCUGAAAAGAUGCGACAGUGGAUUAUCCAACAUCUGCUUCACCAAGAGCAUAAAGAGAGAUAACAUAGUUCACUAUAACAUGGGAUGUGCUAACCAUAAGCAGUGUCAAAGGGCUCGAGCCAAACCUUGCAAAGGUAAGCGGGUUAUUUAGUUUUUGAAUGAACUUUACGUGGUGUUUUAAUUUGCAGACUGAGGAGUGAAUACAAGAAUAUCGCUUCGCCACUGGAUUUAUAAGAUAAAUUAAGAAUCGACUGUAGUCACAAUAAUAGCUAACGAUAUUUCGACUAUGCGGUUCAAGUUUUGGAAAGUCUGGUCUUUGUCAAAAAGAAUAAAAAGCAAAAACAGAAACAGAAAAAAAAACAAAGAUAAAGUCAGAUAAGGGCCUCUUUCGGUUAUCCUGUUGUUCCACUGAAACAAGAAAGCAGUUUCAUUGUAUAAAUGAUUGUCGCCAAUAUGUGGCAAUUUCUGGUGACUAUCCAAACAACGUGAAUCAACUGUAGUUACGAUAGCUAACGAUAUUUCGACUGUCCGAUUCCAGACUUAAAAAGGCCUGGAGACAUUGCCAAAAAGGACUGUACAAGCACGGGAAAAGUCAAAUAAAGGCCUCUUGCGGUUACCCUGUCUGUCCACUGAAACGAGCUUUUCAAUGCUAGACUUUUCUGAGUUUUUCCUCAGGAGAUGGGGAAAAUCAAAGGGGAUUUAGGGGCAUGGUGUGUGUGUUUUUUUAAUGGAGCAUGGCCUCUUUACAUACUUUGUUGUUGGUCUGUUAUCUUCCCAUUUUCGUGGAGAACGUGGUCAAUGCACAGGAGAAAACCUAAAAAACACAUGUAAAGCAGUUACACAUGACAAGCUUUAGCUUUUAUGGGUGAAAUCCUGGUUAAUGUUGGUGUUGUUGUUCACUUUUUUGAAUUUGAAGAUUUUCGCGAAUAAAGAAAAAGUUCUCGCUGUACAAGGCCCCGUGGCCCAACGGAUAAGGCAUCUGACUACGAAUCAGGGGAUUCCAGGUUCGAAUCCUGGCGGGGUCGGUUUUUUAGAAUCAUGCUUUCCUAUAGUUAUGCAAACCUGUAUCCCUAAUUUAAUUUUUUUCGGUUUAACUCAACUUUUUUUGUUACUAAUCGUUUCCUCCCUAAAAACUUACCUCGCUGUUUACUAUACGUAAAUAACAUUUGAUGUUAAAUUUAAAUCUAGGUCACCCACUUCAGAUAGCCUGAAUUUCAGAAGAUUACUUCGAGUCGCUUUUACUCCCUCAGUAGAGUAAAAACGACUCGAAGUCAUCGUCUCAAAUUCAGGCUAUCACUUCAGAUUGCUCCGUUUGAGCCCAGACUUUCAAAGUAAGGCCAAUUACAAGACCUUUUUUGUGGACAUGAGUUGAAUUGGCAGUAGAAGAAACGAGGAUUUUCCUGUUGAGGGCUAUGUAUGCAUUUACUAUAAUCUCGUUCUAAACAGAGGAUUGAGACAACUUGGAAAUGGUUCGAUUCCUCAGUGAUAUCCCACAAUUCUGCCGGGGAGGGUGUUCUGACUACAGGGUACUAGCCUCGGAGAGUGUCAUCCUGAAAUGCAUGAUGGGUCGUUUUCUUAAGGCUCAGACACAUGUAACACGCAUCCUAAAUCUGCUACAUAGUAAUGAGCACUUGGAAAAUUCCGGCCCUGCCCGUGAUCCACAACCAGCCUGGAACAAUAUAAAGUAUAUCUUCCUAGGCACCUACAGCAAUCACUAAUCUUCUCCAAGAUCCUCACUAGUAAAAAUGGCACGUCAUUCUGAGAAAGUGGCCCUGGCUAAAGAACAUUUAUUAUUAUGAUUAAGAUAAUGAUUAUUAUUCCUAGCAGUAUAAAUUGCUUCUUGUACUCUCUAAGAACUGGGAACAUUCCCUGGUCCUGAGGUGUUAAAGGGGUAUUUUGUUUUACUGGAUGGAGAGAAAUCUUCUUUUUUGGUUAAUGUGCACCGUUCCCAAUAUGUUAAGCAGCUAAUUGAUGUCAAUGAAUCCAAUGAUCUUUCCUAAAUUCUGGUCCACCCCCUUGUUAAAAUAAGUCUCAACCCAGCGCACUAACAAUAAUGAUUAUUAUUUAUCAUUAUAUGGCUACAAUAGUACGCGCGUUCUUAUCUAGACUUACCCUACUGUUUCUAACUCUUUAGCUCACAAGAAGCACUGUUUUACAUGUUGUCAAUGGAGUGGAUGUAACUCAGUGGCUCAUCAUGACGGUACUACUUCAUUUUCUUUCUGGAAUGCUGGUCACGUGGUCAAAAUAGGCUGGGGCGCAUUGGGUGUCAGCUUCUUAACAUUUAUUGCGAUGUUUUUCCUUUGA